AUGGAUGUUGUGAACGCCGAGCAGGCUCGCAUAGCCGAAGAAGCUGGUGCCUGCGCCGUCAUGGCUUUGGAACGUGUUCCUGCCGACAUUCGUGCCUCAGGAGGCGUUGCGCGGAUGAGUGACCCGAGCAUGAUCAAAAAAAUCGUCGAUGCCGUCACGAUCCCCGUCAUGGCGAAAGUGCGGAUAGGACAUUUCGUCGAGGCACAGAUCCUUCAAGCUAUUGGUAUCGACUAUAUCGACGAGUCAGAGGUUCUCACACCUGCUGAUGAGGAGCACCACAUCAACAAGCACGCGUUCAAGGUCCCUUUCGUUUGUGGUUGCCGGAACCUCGGUGAAGCGCUCCGUCGCAUCUCUGAGGGUGCCGCUUUCAUUCGCACAAAGGGUGAAGCGGGCACUGGCAACGUCGUAGAAGCCGUGCGGCACCAACGUGCCGUCAUGAGCGAAAUCCGCAAGGCGAGCGUCAUGACCGAGGAGGAGCUCUAUACCCUCGCGAAAGAAAUCCAGGCACCCUACCACUUGGUCAAGGAGACUGCACGUCUGAAGAGGCUGCCUGUGGUCAAUUUCGCGGCCGGUGGUAUUGCGACCCCGGCUGACGCUGCGCUCAUGAUGCAACUUGGUUGCGACGGUGUUUUCGUCGGCUCCGGCAUCUUCCAUUCUGGGGAUCCCGCGAAGCGUGCUCGGGCUAUCGUGCAGGCCGUCACGCACUUCAACAACCCCAAGGUCUUGGCGGAGAUUUCCGAGGACCUUGGCCCUGCCAUGGUUGGAUUGACCAUUGACGAUAACUUGAAGGGCGGGAAGCUCGCUGGUCGCGGAUGGUGA